AUGGAAAGCUCAAAUUCACAUAGUUCUAACACACCAGCCUUGGACAUUCUGCAACUAUUAGGAGUCGAAGACCAAGAAUCCUUUAUGAAUAUUAAUAAAGAUUCACCCGCCACUUCAUCAAAACAUCAUAUUAACAACAAGGAUACUACAACUGGAAGCACGGGAAGUAAAGACAAGAAUAAAGAUAAUAAUAUAAUAACCAAUGACAAAACUAAUCAAAAAGAUUUUCCAAGUUUAUCCUUUAUUCAACAACAAAAAUUGACAAAUACAACAUUAACAAAUUCAUUAUCAAUAACACCACAAACAAACAUACCAGCAGCAACUGAAAUAAUUACAAUAAGCGACGAUGAUGUCGAAGUGAUUUCUACGAGUGAACACAUCUCUAAGCGAAAUCCUCAUGAGGUUAACAAGCGUGCAAAACUGGCAUCAUCUUCCGAAAUAAAUGGAAAUCAGCAUCUUGACGGGAAAAAAGAAAAAGGAAGGGCAGAGGAGCCCGAGAUCGAGGCCGAAUCUACUAAUAAACCUGAAAAUGAAAUUGAUGCCAACAUUUAUUAUGGCACAUUAUUUUUUAGAAUGCAAUUCCCAGAAGUCACCUCUGACGAGAUGGCUAGGCGUAAAUCGAGAGUUCGAAAACGGUUUCUCCAUAAUUUACAUCUUCGAAAAUUGCCAGUGCGCAAAUAG